AUUACUAUAACGCCACCAAAAGUUGCAUGGAGGGCGGUUGGCCCGACCCCCUUGUAUCAAUAACGCGAUGUAUACCAACUAUCACAAGGCACACUCAACACAGCCGCAUAGGCGCCAAUCGGUUGGAGAGACUGAAGGCAAGGCUACCUUGUUUAACGAUGAGAAGUAUAUAUCGUGUGUUACUUUGACCUUCUUUUCUACUCAUCAUUCAACUCCUCGCAAACCAUUCCAGUGGCCACAAACGCGUUCGAAGCAUCCAAUACCUCGAGCCGAGUCCAUUCAAACAGCUGUAAGAAGACUCAAUCGCAGGUAGCACCAUGGGCUGCUUCUCCUCCAAGCAGGCGACUCCAUCGGCCUCCGAGCCGAUUCCUAUGGCCAAACCCUUCAACAACUCCGUCAAGGACCCUAUCGCCAAACCACUCACUCCUCGGGAAGAGCCACCCUCCCCGUCAAGGUCUCAGAACCUACCCUCAAAGGAAGAUCCUAAUUCCAAAGAAAGCCCCAAACCUAGCAACCCGACCCCGGCAUCCAAUGGCAAGCGCACAGAAUCCCCCCCGUCAAAAUCUCAGAACCGACACUCAGAGGAAGAAGAACGAAUUUCCAAAGCCAGUCCCAAACCUAGCAGUCCGACCCCGGCAUCCAAAGGCAAGCGUACAGCCUCUUCCCCAGCCUGGAAUCGGCCCAUCCCAACCGUAAAUCUUGCUUCUACAAACGAUACUCUCAUCCAGAACCAACUCGCCCUGAUCUCGACAUUAGAACCUCCAUGUGACCCCCCCAGUCAUCAUCAGCAUCAUCCGCCGUCCGUUGAUCCGGCGCCGAGCUCGACUUUAUACUCUGGUGGAGUUAGUUAUUCGCAGCCGGCAGUAGCUUCAACUUCGCAUUCGAACUCUCAUUCUACCUCUUAUGGUGGUGGGUACAGUAGCUACAGCGGGGGUUCUAGCGGCCGUAGCGGGGGCCACCACUCCAGCAGCUAUACGAGUGGAGGCGGAGGUGGAGAUAGCGGAGGCUAUACGUCGACCAGUUACUCGAGCGGAGGAGGAGGAGGUAGUGGUGGAGACAGCGGUGGAUACAGCGGCGGUGGAGGCGACAGCGGUUAUUGAUUUCAGAGUAGGCGAAGUAAGGUGUAUAGGAUAGAUGUCAGUGCUCGAUCAGUGUAUUACUUCGGUUAUCUUAGAAUUCAAUAUCUGAAAGUUUUUCUUCUCCACUUCUCCCACCAUCAAUAUUUAUAGCGGAC